UCUACUCGUCAGCUGGUCUCUCUCGUUAGACCUCGAUUGUUUCUGAAAUAUUCAUCAUCACUGAGAGUACACAAGGCUAUUUAAAAUGUAAAUUUUGGACUGAUUGUUUGUUCCGUGUACUGUCACUAGGGAGCAGUGCUGAUCAAAUCUACAAGGCUGGCUAUGAGCAUCAGAUGAUGAAAACAACACCAGACCACAGGCAUUGACCCACAACACAAAUCAUCCAUCACAACAUUCAGAUAAAACUAGUUCCCAGACUUUGAUAAGUCCACAAUGAACACAGGUGAAGAUUUGAACCCUAGUUCCUUCACCACUGUGAGCGCCACGUACAACACAACCACCAUGAACAGGACAGACGAGUUUGGCUUGACCAACACUCCGCUCACGGCUCCAGAGUCCAAGCUGGUUCUUGUGGAUGGGAGCAGUAACAGCUCCCACAAUCUGGCCAGCUCCCACACUGAGGAGCUGGCCUGGCUCAUACCUUCCGUCAUCGGAGCCGUGUUUGUCAUGGUCCUGCUGGCGGUCGUCUUCUUCUACGGGGUCAAGGCCUUUGAGGUCAGGUGCCUGAAGUGCUGCUACAGGACCUGUGGGUGCUGCCCAGCCAGGAGCUCUAUAGGGGAGGAGACGGACGCACUGACCAGUCACAUGACCUCCCACUCAGCCAAUGAACCAACAGAGUUGAAAGCUUUUCAAUUCCAAAGAAAUUCUUACACAUACUAGAAGUUAAAGUCUGAGAUGGAGAAACCAUGGAUCAACAGUUCACUGGCUAAUCAACAACAAAUAGCCAUUAACCGAUGACAAAUAACCAUUAACCAAUGACAAAUAACCAUUAACCGAUGACAAAUAACCAUUAAAUGAUGACAAAUAACCAUUAACCAAUGACAAAUAACCAUUAAUCACUGACAAAAUAAACACUGACAAACUCAUCAGAGUUGUACACAAAAAAAUGGUCCACACAAAUAAACAAAGAUGAUAUCUCAUCUUGCUGGGGUUUAUAACUUUGUAACCCACAAAUGUCUUUGAUUCAUACCAUGUUUUUCAUGUAAAAUUAGAUUAUAUUCUUAUUUUAUUUGAUGUAAUCUAUAGCAAUGUUUAGAACUUUCAACUACGUGAUAUUGAAAGUAUACUUCAAGCCAAAUUUUUAAAAUGUUUUAAUACACUACUGUAAAUAAUUAAUGUGCCUUACUGUAAAUACAAGUUCAGUUGAAUAAUUUAAAAUAAAAUCACAAUGUAAAUUAAACAAAUGUUGCCUUAAAAAUUAGAUUUCAUAACUUAAAAUAGAUUACAUUAUUUUCCUACAUAGAUUUAAUUUUAAAUUUUUUAUUCUUUACAUGUAGGCCUACUUGUAAAAAAACAGUUCCAAACCAGGUUAUUUACUUUAUUUUUUAUGUUGUUUCCAAACCAGGUUAUUUAAUUAUCUUUUAGGUUACAUAUCCACACCUUGAAAAACAACAACAGGUAAAACAGAAAAAAUAAUUAUCUGUUAGUUACAUGUAAUAAUAUUACUUUGUAACUUUAUAUUAACUGUUGUUAAAACACAAAAUAAUGUAUUUUUAAAACUUUAUUUUAAUGAGGAAUGUGCAAUAUAAAAAGAUUUUAUUUGUCUUAUGCAAGAUUUCUAUAGCUCAAAUGACUUGACAUAAAAAAAAAAUUUUAAAAAUAUAAAAAAAUGUAAAAAGAUUCAGGGAAUUUUAAACAAUGCGAUUUGAUGUUGUUUUAUCAUGCUCAAUUAAUUAAAGCUAGUGAUUUAUAGUGGACACUGUCACCACACAUUAGUGGUCAGCCUUAAUUAGCAAUCAUGACCAGAUGAUUGUGUUAACAAAUGGACUAAAUACACAAAUGGGCUAAAUACACAAAUGGACUAAAUACACAAAUGGGCUAAAUACACAAAUGGACUAAAUACACAAAUGUACUAAAUAUACAAAUGGACUAAAUACACAAAUGGACUAAAUACACAAAUAGGCUGCAUGAAAAGUAGUCACUGUGGUCAGAUUUCCCAUAGUUAGUGUGACCAGUGGGGGGGGGGGGUUAUAGGGGAGAGGGUGUGGGAGGCUUUCUGUCAGUGGUAUAAAAAAAAACAGUUUCCAUCCAGUCGACCUAUACCACCUAGCCAUUCAGUUUGAUGUUCAGAAAUAUCUGGUCACCCAAUUUGUAUCAGUCCAAAUUUAACAUGUCCUUGGUGAAUGUUGUCAACCAAAGGUACAUUUAGUUUUUCUGUACAUAUAUCAAAUUUGAUGUUCAAUAAAAUUGUUUUUUUUUUUGUAA